UGGUAGUCGGCAAGUUGACGGCGGUGAUGGAGCUGGAAAGAAGACUUUUCGGCAUUGACUUGCGGGAUCAGAAUGGAUCUAACGCUGCGGUUUGACCAGAUUUGCUUGACGAACGUCAAUCUUAGGUUUGCUUAACCUACCUUGGUAGUGACCAUCUCUUUCUUUCCGUACUCCGCCAAGUUCUCGGUGUUUCUCCAUGGUCUUCCAUUUUUUUUUUUGAGUCAUGGAACCCUCAAUUCCCUUUUCGCCGUGGAUACUCUGACGCUCGUUUCUGUGUCAAGGCUGCUCUGCUAUUUCCGCAGAUAGCUCUCAUCCUUUGCCCCCCACAUCAGCUUGACAAGGCUUUUGAUCACAUACAUAAGAGCACCCAACCCUCGGAACUGAGAUAACAUUCAAGGUUGACGCUUCCCAGGGCCGUCGAACCUAAUGGCAUGAGAUAAGCUUUUAUUUUUACGCUUAGACGAGCCGCAUGUUAUUCCAUGGGGCCAUUAUCACCCCGAGUUGGGCAAUCUUCCCGCCCCAACUCUCACGGGGGCAAAGGGGAGCCGACGGGCAUGGAGAUGCAGCCAGUCGAGACGGGGAAGUCCCCGACGGCACGCAUGGCCGGCAUUCUCGACGCCAGUUCGGAGAUCGCCUAUCUCUACCUCACCUUUGAAAGACCACUCCCGAGCGCCAACACCAUCUCCAAAACACCCUCGGUCCCGGGCGACUCUCCGCCUCGACCGCCCAAUCUCAAGCCAUACAUCAACCCCGUCCUACUCCCCCGGCACAGGAAGAACAUCGUGCUACUUCUCUCCUGCAUAGCGACCUUCCUGACCGCCUACGCCUCGGGCUCCUACUCCCCGCCGAUACCCCUGAUGCGCGCCGACCUCGGCGCCCCGUCGGACCUCUCCGUGCGCGGCGGCAUCUCGACCUUCUGCCUCGGCUUUGCCCUGGCGCCCAUGGUGCUGGCGCCCUUCUCCGAGAUCAACGGCCGGUACCCCGUCUUCGUGGCCUCGGGCGUCGUCUACGUCGUGUUCCAGGCCGUCUGCGGCGUCGUCACCAGCCUGGCCGGCAUGCUCGUCGCCAGGCUGCUGGUCGGCGUGGGCGGGUCCGUGUUCAGCACCAUGGUCGGCGGCGUCAUCGCCGACCUGUGGGACAAGGAGGACCGCAACACGCCCAUGGCCAUCUUCAGCGGCGCCGUGCUGGCCGGGACCGGGGCGGGGCCUCUGGUCGCCUCGGUCAUGACGCAGAGGCUGGCGGGUAUCGGUGGGCACGGCGUCGCGGCUGCUUGGAGGUGGGUGUUCUGGCACCAGGUGAUCAUGAGCGCGGCACUGGUUGUCGCGCUGGUGUUCCUGUUCAAGGAGAGCAGGGGGUCCGUGGUCCUCUCGAGGAAGGCGCGGGUGCUGAACAAGUGGUACGCAGAGCUGGAGGCUGCCGGCUAUUACGGGGUGUGGAUCGAGGAGGGCAUAGGCUCCGCCCAGCAGGGCGACUCGGAGGGAGCCGCUCCGGAGCUGGCGAAUACACUCGCCCGGGGCUUGGAUGAGGAGGAGGGUCGGGAAAAGGACCAGGAGAAGGAUUCGUCGCCGCCUGACUCGAGACCUGGCUCUUCGGUGGCCAACACGAGACUGGUUCGUAUCCGGUGGCUCGUGAAAGAGGAUGAGGAGCGAUCAUCCCUUGGGAAAAUGAUCACGAUCUCCGUCUACCGUCCAUUUCACCUGCUCUUCACCGAGCCGGUCGUAUUCUUCUUCUCUCUGUGGGUGGCAUUUGCCUGGGCUGUGCUGUACUUAACGUUUGGUUCCAUCCCCCUUGUCUUCAGUCGCCAAUACGGGUGGGACACCGAAGAGUCGGGUUGGAUAUUUGCGGCCCUGAUCGUGGGAUCCAUCCUGGCCACCAUCGUGGGCGUCUGGCAGGAACGCAUACUCCACCACCCCGAGUGGCAGGCCGAACCUACCGGCUCUGCGCGGCCGUCCAAGUUCUGGGCCUUUAUGCGCCGGCACUUUCCGGUCGACGCCCCCGAGUCCCGCCUCUACUUCACCUGCAUCACCGCGGCGCUCCUCCCCGCGGGGCUCUUCAUGUUCGGCUUCACGGCGCGCCGGGGCACGCACUGGGCGGUGCCCGCCGUCGCCAUCGUCCUCGCCACGGUUGGCAUCUACAGCGUCUACCUCGCCGUCUUCAACUACUUCGCCGACACGUACCACCGGUACGCCUCGUCCGCCAUGGCCGCCCAGUCUUUUUGCCGCAACAUGCUCGGCGGCGCCUUCCCCCUCGUCACGGUCGCCCUGUUCACGAACCUCGGCGAGGCGAGGGCCGGCGCGCUCCUGGGCGGCGUCGCGACGGCGCUGACCGCCGUGCCGUGGGUGCUGAUCUUCUUUGGCGAGAGGAUCAGGGCGAGGAGCCCGUUUGCUAGCGAGCUAGAGAAGCCAUGAUAUUGUUCGCCUUCCAGUGUGAUAGGUUGGCAUCUGCUUGGCUCUCGAUGCAUCUGCUUUUAUGGUCUGGGACAGCCGCCCUGCCCGCCGACAUGGGUCAAACCUACCGGCCAUGCAGCGACAACUCGGCGGAGACAAUCGGGACAGGCAGUAUCCAUGACGAAUAUAUCAAAAGGCAUCACUGUUGAGUGUUUUGGUCGUCAUUCAUCCUCCAAUACUCUCCGUAGAAUCGGACCCGAAGUCUCCCUAAUAACGGGAACCCCAAGCGGGCAUUUCGUGUCGCAUAAUACCAACCCGGGUGGUAGCCGAAGCACGCAGUUUCCCCGACGGAGCUGUGAGGAGGUGGAAGUGUUGCUCAUGAACGUUUGCAGAUAGAGCUAGAAGGUCUAGAUCGGAGUGAAGGCUACCCAGAGGAAUCCCAUGUCAUCGAGAGAAUCUCAUUGCAACAAUAAUCUAGAGGCAUGCCUAAUACAUCAACA